CGUCGCCUCUUUUGCCUUCCCCACGCGGUUCUGCCUCUUCCUCGAUCGACCUCCUCUGCCGUUGAAUCCGAGCUCCAUCUCGGGUUCAUCUGCUAACCAAGCGUCUCUUUGCCUCCGGUUUCCUCGGUUCUUCUUCGAUCUCUCUCGCAGGCAGAUAUGGCUGGAUUGGCACCAGAAGGAUCACAAUUUGAUGGGAAGCAAUAUGAUUCUAAAAUGAGUGAGCUACUUAAUACUGAUGGACAAGAAUUCUUCACAUCGUAUGAUGAGGUUCAUGAAAGUUUUGAUGAUAUGGGGCUUCAAGAAAAUCUUCUUAGAGGCAUUUAUGCAUAUGGUUUUGAGAAACCUUCAGCUAUUCAACAAAGAGGAAUAGUUCCCUUCUGCAAGGGACUUGAUGUCAUUCAGCAAGCACAGUCAGGGACUGGGAAAACUGCAACUUUCUGUUCUGGAAUUUUACAACAGCUUGAUUAUGGGUUGGUCCAGUGUCAGGCCCUGGUACUUGCUCCUACUAGAGAACUAGCGCAGCAAAUUGAGAAGGUUAUGCGAGCUCUUGGUGAUUAUCUCGGUGUUAAAGUUCAUGCCUGUGUUGGCGGGACUAGUGUAAAAGAGGAUCAGCGGAUUCUUUCAAAUGGGGUGCAUGUAGUGGUGGGUACCCCAGGUCGUGUGUUUGAUAUGCUGAGGAGGCAAUCCUUGCAUCCAGACUACAUUAAAAUGUUUGUCUUAGAUGAGGCAGAUGAAAUGCUCUCCCGUGGAUUCAAGGAUCAGAUCUACGAUAUCUUCCAGCUUCUUCCUUCUAAAAUUCAGGUAGGUGUCUUCUCUGCUACAAUGCCUCCUGAGGCCCUUGAGAUCACCAGGAAGUUUAUGAACAAACCUGUCAGGAUCCUUGUGAAGCGAGAUGAGCUUACCUUGGAAGGUAUUAAGCAGUUUUAUGUCAAUGUUGACAAGGAAGAAUGGAAACUCGAUACACUCUGUGACCUCUAUGAGACACUGGCCAUCACUCAAAGUGUCAUCUUUGUGAAUACUCGGCGAAAGGUUGAUUGGCUCACUGACAAGAUGAGGAGCAGGGAUCACACUGUCUCAGCCACACACGGAGACAUGGACCAGAACACUAGGGACAUCAUUAUGCGUGAGUUCCGCUCCGGAUCCUCUCGUGUGCUAAUUACAACUGAUCUCCUAGCUCGCGGUAUUGAUGUCCAGCAAGUUUCCCUCGUCAUAAACUAUGACCUACCAACACAACCAGAGAACUAUUUGCAUCGUAUUGGACGUAGUGGGCGAUUUGGGAGAAAGGGUGUUGCCAUAAACUUCGUCACCCGGGAUGAUGAGAGGAUGCUUUUCGAUAUUCAGAGGUUUUACAAUGUUGUGAUUGAGGAGCUGCCUUCCAAUGUCGCCGAUCUCAUCUAAGGCAUUGCCUCUCAUGUGUUAUGAGAUUUAAGCAUUUUAUGCUUUGUAGGAUUAUGGUGGUGUUCUAGGUGAGUAUCGACUUCAUCUACUUUUUGUGGUAAUGUUCGAACCAUUCUGACUUUUACUUAUUACAAACUUUAAUUGUUUUGCAAA